AUGCCCCCAAAAUUAUUCAAGAAACUCGUCAUUGCUGUGAGCGGCACUUUCCCCGGCUACAGACAAGGUCGGAACUUCUGCGAUGUCCAAUUUUUGAUUGAGUUCUUCAAGAGUACAACUCGUGAGCUGACGCGCCAUUCUUACGCAGGCGACUUGAAAGCUAUUGUAGAAAGACACGGUGCUACAUUCACUUCUUCUGUCGGUACGGAUUGUACCCAUUUGAUAGCCACUCAGAAGGAGGCCGAUAAGAAGGGAGCCAAGUUGUCUCUCGACUGGUUGCUUGACUCGGACAAGGCGAAGAAACCGGUCUCAGAAGCGCCCUACCGUUUCGGAGCAUCUCACAGCAAUCGAAACAGCCAGGCAGAUCCUGCUAAGUCAGAGAAGAAGCGAAGCGCUAAAGCUGUCCAGGAUACGGAUGAUGAUAGAUCAAACAAAAAGCCUAAGCAAAUAAUGGAAGAUGCCCAGAUGAUAACCGCGGAGAAGGCGGCCAAGGUAAGGGUAAGGGUCGACGAGUACUAUCACAGCAACGAGCAUACAUGGCAAGUGUUCAUUGAUGAUUCAGGUCUUAUCUGGGAUGCCACAUUGAACCUGACAGUGUCAGCCGCCAAUAACAACAAGUUUUACCUCAUUCAAAUCCUGAACUCCAAGGACGGCUCCAGAUACCAGACCUGGACUCGCUGGGGCAGAGUUGGGGAGCGUGGCCAGUCUGUGCUUCUGGGCGACGGUACUCUUGACAGUGCAAAAAAACAAUUUGAGAAAAAGUUCAAGGACAAGUCUGGCCUCGCAUGGAAAGAUCGCCUCAAUUCCCCAAAGAACAACAAAUACACGUUUAUCGAGCGCAACUACGAAGAAAGCGAUGAUGAGGACGAGAAAUCUGACAACAAGCUGGUAAAGCAGCCAUCGAAUAUUCCUGCAAGUAAGCUGCCAGCACCUGUCCAGAACGUGAUCAGCUUUAUUUUCAACCAAAAGUACUUCCUCGAGACCAUGGCGCAAAUGUCUUAUGACGCCAAUAAACUGCCACUUGGCAAGCUGAGCAAAAGAACACUGAUGGCGGGUUACGAAACGCUCAAGGAACUGGCAGAGCUUGCAACCAAACCAAGUAUGGCGAUGUCUAAAUAUGGGAUGCAAUUGCGUCCUGCUAUGGAGCAGCUGAGCAAUCGCUACUUUACGACAAUUCCGCACGUUUUCGGCCGAAAUCGACCACCUGUACUGGACAACCAAGCCUACAUCAAGAGGGAGAUUGAGUUGCUGGAAACUUUGACGGACAUGGAAAUCACCAACAGUAUCUUGAAGGACGCAAGCAAGAUGGAAGACGCGAACCCGCUUGACAGCCAAUAUGCUGGUCUUGGAAUGCAAGAAAUGACACCAUUGGACCACGCCUCGGAGGAAUUCAGAGAGCUUGAGAAAUACCUCUCAGGAACCCGUGGAUCAACUCACGGUGUAAAAUACAAGGUGAUUGAUAUCUUCCGUAUAGAGCGACAGGGAGAGCACGAUCGAUUCAAAUCAUCUUCAUAUGCCGGCCUCAAAAACAGCAACCGCCGGCUCCUCUGGCAUGGUUCCCGCAGCACCAACUACGGUGGCAUCCUUAGCCAAGGCCUCCGCAUCGCACCCCCCGAAGCCCCAGUCAGCGGCUAUAUGUUCGGAAAGGGCGUAUACUUUGCCGACAUGUCCAGUAAAUCCGCCAACUACUGCUGGUCUCAUAACAGUGACCACAAGGCUCUCCUCCUGCUUGGUGAUGUUGAACUCGGCGAUCCCAUCUAUGAGCUUUACGACUCCGACUAUAACGCUGGAGAGAACGCGAAGAAAGAGGGUAAAAUCGCGACUCUGGGAAAAGGCCGGAGUAUUCCCGCUGGCUGGAAAGAUGCCGGCUGCAUCCAUCCGCAUUUGAAGGGCAUUCAGGUCCCCGACGCAGAUUCCGGCACUACAGACCAUAAAACGGACCAGGGGUACUUGUUGUAUAACGAGUACAUUGUCUAUGAUGUGGCACAGAUUCGGCUGAGAUACUUAUUCUUCGUGGAUAUGCGGUAAUCUACUAAGUUUCCUUUCAUGAUUUGUAUCUGUAUACUAUAGGGACGGGCACA